AACUUUGCUUUCUUUUACUUUAAGGGAUUGUUAGCUCUUCUGAGAAAAUUGAAGUCAACUCCGAAUAGAGAACUAAGAAUUCUUCUUCUGGGUCUCGAUAAUGCAGGAAAGACGACGAUUCUCAAGAAGAUGGCCUCUGAAGACGUGACACAUAUAACUCCGACUCAGGGCUUUAAUAUAAAGAGCGUUCAAUCGGUUGGCUUUAAGCUGAAUGUUUGGGAUAUCGGGGGUCAGAGAAAGAUAAGGCCGUAUUGGCGUAAUUACUUCGACAACACUGACGUUCUGGUCGGUCACACCACCACUUAUAACACUUCGACCACUAAUUGUCUAUUCCUUAGAUUUAUGUCA